AUGACGAGGCUAACCCUUGACUUUGGACACACAAUGCACAAUGAGGCAGCUGCGCCAGUGUCCUCGGACGCAAAUUUUGUCUCUGGCAAGUUCCCAGACUACAAAAUAGGUUCCAACAAUGUCGUCAUUGAGUUGGAAGGACCUCGAGUGCCAUCCCUCAGAGAGAUUGUAGCUAAGGAGACUGCAUUGCUGCUGGAGCAGCAAAAACGCCUCUCUGUUCGUGACCUGGCAAAGAGAUUUGAAAACGGCCUCUCUGCUGCAAUCAAGAUAUCUGAUGAGGUACAUAUUCAUCUAAAUAUGCAUCUAGAAAUAGUCUGUUGAGCACACUCUUUCGGAAAAAAAUUAUGUAUAAUUCAUCAAUACUUUUUAAAGAAAGCGUAAUUCGCCAUUGGAAAUUGUCCAUGAUCACCGUAGAAAUUGUCAAAACUCGUAAACUAGUCAAUUUAACGAGGUAUGUGUGGAAGUAUUUAUCAUUAGUCCAUAGCGUAUUUCCUCCCUCAACUUUUUCUGUCUUUGUUUUAACGAUUCGGAUUUCUUCGUCUUGAAGGAUGCAGAAUAGUUGAUUACCACGAGUGUUGAAUUAAAGGAGUUGAUUACCUGUUAUCUUGUGCACUGGGCCAUGUAUCAACGUGGAAACUGCAUGAUAUAGAUUUGCAUUUAGUUUGAGACUAGUAUUUUAAUUUUCGUUUGUUUUCCUAGUACUGAACAUUAAAAAAACCUCAGGGAAAGUGUAAGGAGGUGGCCUCUUUAGAUCGCCAUGUAUUAUUGAAGAAGCUCAGAGAUGUGUUGGAAUCACUAAAAGGUCGUGUGGCAGGUCGAAACAAGGACGACAUGGCGGAGGCUAUUUCUAUGGUUAGUUUUUGUGUUUGCAUUUAAUGUUUCUUUGACUCUAUGUAUCCUCUGAUUUUUCUUUAAAAGCAUGUACUAUGCUGUUCCUCCACUGACAGAAGACGUAUAAAGCCUAUAUUAAUGUCUCUAUGACUGAUAUACUCCUUUACCAAAUCUGAUUGUAAAAGCUUGAAAUGCACUAGCCAAGUGUAGCAGCAAAACCUAGGAUUGCUACGCUUUCUUCUUGGUUUGCAUUUUAUGUGACAUAGGAUGGGGAAAAAUUUCUAUCUUGCUACGUCUUUGUUGUAUCAUCUUGAUAAUUAUAUGAUAUACUACUCUGCUGCCUGGGAAUUAACAUUUGAUUGUACUGCUAGAACUCCUUUUAUCCUUCCAUUAUAUUCCUUUAAAAAGCUAUAAGAAACUUUGUGAAUUUCCUAGAGUGCAACGCUUCUGUUUCUUUUAGCAUCAUGGUCUUUUGAAUAACAACCACGCCAGACCUUCUUACCUGUUUCUAGGUUGUGUUUGCAACUUUGGUUUGGCCUAUUGUUGUUUGAAUUUCGAUUACUUAUGCAGAUUCACUUUGACCCGUUUUUCUGUUUAAUGAAAAUUCUAACUAAGCACGCGAAAUUCUGACUUCUUGUAGGUAGAAGCUUUAGCAGUUCAGUUCACUCAUCAAGAAGGGGAACUUCUUCAUGAAAAAUCAGAAGUGAAGAAACUGGCGACCUUUCUGCAACAGGUUUUGAGUCGCUUUGGACAUUCAUAUUUUUUAUUUUAAAAUCGUUAAUCACUAUUUACUCCCUUUUUUACAUUUAAACCACAUCUGGGAAAGAGGAACGGGUAUACAUUGCGUGUUCUUGAUGUCACUUUGGCACAUUAUUAGUACUAUCCUAUAUUAUAUUUUUUUAAUACAUUUGAUAAAUAUGAUGAGUUGUGAUGUGCUCUUCUUUGAUGUCCAGUUGUUAGUUAUUCACAUUUUGCCAAUUGUGAAGAUCUUCUUAAAUAUGAUUAGUCAAGAUAUAUUUCAACUGAUCGUUGCACACUUCUGACAGUUUCUUUGAUCUCUAGGCCACAGAAGAGGCUAGAAAUGCUGCCGAAGAGGAAAUGGCCUUUGCCCGUGCAGAAGUUGAAAAUGCUCGGGCAGUCAUUGAAAGAGUUGAGCGUGCUGUUCAAGAACAUGAAAAAAUGUCUAUGGACACACAGAAACAGGUGUGGAUUAAAGCUACCUAUAACGUAACAUUGAUACUGACUCUUUUUCUUCCUUUUUAAUGUUAAACUUUCUGGAGGGUGUGAAGUACAAGUACUUGUGCCAUUUUCUCCGCUGCAAACACCACUACCUCUUUCCAUUCUCGUCAGUGUACAUUCGCUGCCUGGUUGCUCUCCUUUGCCUUAAUACAUUCAACUUACGAGAUUGCAUGAAAUACUUUGUCUUGAACCUUGCUUUUUUCCCAUAUAUUUAUAAUUCUUAAGAGUCUACCAAACCUCAAGUGUCUUUUGUACGUGCCGGGUGAAACGGACAUCAUGAAAUAUGUUUUAUGUCAAUAAUCCUGCCAUAUAUUUUUUUGCUUCAACUCUGCCUUACAUUCUACUUUUGGCUAAUUCGUGUCUUACGUUUAUGCUCUUAAGGAUGUGGAAGAACUGAUGAAAGAAGUUCAAGAGGCAAGAAGGAUUAAAAUGCUGCAUCAACCAAGCAAGGUAUUUCGAAAUUCAUUGUAUUCUUCGGUUUUCAAUUAGCAUCUGUGCCUUUCUUUUUCUCAAACUAUGAUUUUAUAAGUUUGACUAGUUUAGAAAUCUUAUUUGUCAUAGUACGCUGCAUUUAUUCUGAGUCUUGUGUGCUCUUGUUUUCUUAUCACUAAUGGCAAAUGAUUGUUUAGGUUAUGGACAUGGAACAUGAACUACAGGCUCUGCGAAUGCAGCUUGCCGAUAAGUCGCUGUAUACCAUUCAGCUUCGAAAGGAGGUGGUUUUUACAUCAUAUUGAUUUUGUAUGACGUGAAUUGUUCACUGUGCAAAGUAUCUCUAGAAUAUCUGCAUAGUUUACUUUGUCCUGUUUCCCUUUUCUAGGUUGUUGUUAUUUCUAUUUACUGGACGGAGUCAGUGUGGCCAUAACAUGAGCGAAAUGUUUGUUUUGAGUUCAAAAAAAUGGCAUUUGGGAAUUGGAUGGGUAAAAUAAAUUGUGCUGUACAAUCAAAAAAUGUAUGAAAUCGGAGUGGUCAUAUGCAUGAUUCGUAGAACUGUGGUUCAUGCUUGUUUUUAGUUAUAUUUCUUUUCUCUACUAUGGUUAUUGUUUGAAUCUUUUCCUUUUCUGCUGUCUCCAGCUUGCAAUGGUAAAAAAGCUUGAGGAGAACAAGUCCUUGUAUGACUUGGAUGGUUUUGAAAGAUUGGGUUCUUGCCUACGGAUAGUUUCGCAUUCACCUGCUGCUCCAGAUAUAUCAAGUUUCUCUGUUCAGUGGUUCCGUGUGCCAGCUGAUGAUGGCAAGAAAGAGCUGAUCUAUGGUAAGAAUGAAUUUCAUAUCCAUCUCUGUUUAGGGUACUGCCUAGUGUGUGUGUGUGUGCUUGGAAAGGUUCCUGAUCCUCACACGAAUUCGACUCAAUUACUGUAUUGGGGGGACAAAGUGGGCUAAUUGGCGAUUUCUUUUGUCCGUGACUCAUUCUUUAUAGCAUGGGUUACUGGAAUACGACUUGUGACAAGUUGUAUCGAUCUAGUUAGGGCUAGAUUUAGAGGGAAGAAGGGGGUUGUUUUAGGAAUAGUCCCGUACUAGUCAUUAUAGAAACAGAACCUACGGUUAGGAAGACGUGCCCUGUCCAACUAUUGCCAAACGAUUUUGAGUUGGAUGGCUUUACUACUCUAGCAUGAUACCAGAGCCUAUGGUUGCUGAAUGUCAGCUUACAUGUGAGUGGGCGCAUUAAAAAUGUUCGUGUUGGUUAUUAUAGAAAGAAACCCGUGAAUAUAAUUAUGUAUUCUCCAAUCAUUGUCAUUUGGUUCUGAGUUGAAUGAGCUGUUUGCUCUAGCAGACAUUAUGGAUAAGGGCAUAGGUGGUAAUUCGUUGUUAAAAUGGCAUUCUGAAGAAAUUGUUAAGCUUAGAAAUUGUCGAUGGCAAAUGCAUCUGUACUAACUUUUGAAUACCGGACAAUUACCCCAGAAAUGGAUGAUCUUGGCUUUUGGCAGACUGAUGCUUGGUGAUGCCAGGUUGUGCCUCAAUAGGAUUGGGUUAUACAUUUUCCUAGAAACAAUUCAACCUGGAAACUAUGGUAAAUGCCUACUUUCCCAAGUACUCUCAGAUUGCUGGCUUCAUUGCAGAAGCUACUUUAAGUUUUUUAGUUCCCUCUGUAUAUGUAUAUGCACGGAUUUCUGGUUUUAAGAUGGGUGGGGAAGGAUAACCCAACCGGUGAAUCAUUUCAGCAACUGCGUGAACAAAAGUAUGCCAUAGUCGUUGUGCUCGUGUAAUCCAUGCAUAUUUGAUCGCAUAUUAGAUCUGAUUAAGCUUGGGGAUGUAUUCUAUAUCCAGUCUAAUUGAUCGCAUAUUAGAUCCUUGGCCUGCUGGUUUCUUAUUCUUCGUUUUUCUUCCUCAGGAGCCACAAAACCAGCUUAUGCACCAGAUCCUUGUGAUGUCGGGCGAUUUUUGCAGGCUGAAGUCGUUGUGGAAGACCAAAAGUUUACCCUGAGAACAACUGGACCAGUAGAGCCUGGUCUGCCUCUCUCUCUCUCUCUCUCCCUCUGUCAUUCCCUACAUUUCACUAUUUUGUGUGACUUGUAAACAACAUGCCGGCUAAUGAGGUUCCAUUUCUUCCUUGAUUUGCUCGCAAAUACGGACCAUCAUUGGCAUGGUAUCAAGCCUUUUCAUUUGAACUUGGUACUUCUCGACAGGAGUGGUUUUCUUCUGCCCUCAUUAUAACAGUGAUUAGACACUAGAGAUUUUUUGAACCUUGUUUCAUUUAGAGCUUCCGUCAUAAACAUUUUGAAUGAAAUUCUAACGUUGGAGGAUCUGUCAAGAGUAGAACAGACUGGAGUGUCUAUGCAUUGACCUUCAAGCAUACUCCUAUGUCAACCCUUGGCAAGCUGGAAUCCGGGAACGUUUUGGUGUAGCUCAAAGCAGGGCCUGGUCUUGAGCGUAGACAUGUUUACGAUCUGCGUUUUCUUUUUGACUUAACAUCGAUUUGCAGUGCCGUAUCAUCUCUAGAGUGAUGCUGUGUUCUUCGUUCAGUUCGACGUAAUAUUUAGAUGAUAUAAGAUGUACGUGCAUGAUCUUCAUCUGAAUUAUUUUCUCUCUCAACAAUGUCGAACAGCUCCAGGCUUGGGGAGUUAUGUCGAGGCGCUUGUUAAGAAGAAUGACACCGAGUUCCAUGUAAGCGCUUUCCUGCCUUGGACUUCUGUUUUUACAUUGCUGAUGGUUCCCGCAAUGGUUCUGGUUUCAUGCUUUCAAAGCUUGUCUUCUCCUGUUUCUCAGUCUUUCUGGGUAUUUAUGUGUUUGAAGUCGAUGUCAGGCAUUUUCCUUCUCUGAUUGGUUAAUUUCGCUUGAUUGACUUGCUGUUAGGGGGAGUUGGGGGGGUGUCAAUUGGUCGUUCAGGCUUCAGCCCUUCCAUGCCCCCCACAUUUUUAAUUGAGAUGGGCCUGAUUUCGACCCACAGAAAAGCCCAAAAAGUAGGUCCUAUCCUCUUUAUGCCUACCAACUUUAGAGAGGGAGAGGAGAGCGAGAGAGAGUGGGAGCGCUUGCCAUAUGGAUGCUCAUGAGAGAGAGUCAAUGUUGUCUCCUUGUUCAUACUCAUGAGAGAGAGAGAGAGAGAGAUGAUCUUCAUACUCAUGAGUCAAUGCUUUCUUUUGUUCAUGCAGGUGGUGGUUCUUCAGACGAAUGGGGGGGACAACCCGUCAUCCUCUGUUCACGUGUUCCACGUUGGGAAGAUGAGGAUCAAGCUCCGAAAGGGAAGGUCUUCCAUAGCCAAAGAACCAUAUUCCGCCGCCAUGCAGGUCCAGUUCUCUCCCAUUCUCUUAUCAUUUUCCCAAACUAUUGAAGGAUUUCCCUACCAAAAAUUUCCCUCUCGAGGAAAUACCUUCUUUUUUUCCAUACCCAUGAGGGCAGGAGUUGCUUCAACUAUUUGGAGAAGAGUUUCCAAAUAGCAUGCCCUAGUGGUUAAUUCUAUAACUUUCAUUUCUCAUUCAGCAGACUAAUUUUUAUCUACGCAUAUAAUAAUAAACUUCAUCAUCAUCCUUAUUAUGAUUAUUCGUUCUUCGUGUUCUAACCGGCCGACUCUCUCUCUCUCUCUGAUUCCUUAGCUCUGUGGCGUCCGGGGCGGUGGAAAUGCCGCCGCCCGAUCUUUGUUCUGGCAAGCAAGGAAAGGGCCGUCGUUCACGUUGGCAUUCGAGUCCGAAAGGGAACGGAAUGCGGCCAUCAUGCUCGCCCGUAGAUUCGCAUUCGACUGCAAUGUAAGUAUGCGUGCAUUUUUCAUACACCUUUACUGCCAGUACUCUCAGAUUCCCAUUUUAUUCCCAAUUAAUUAAUUAAUUAAUUAAUUUUUCCAACGUAAUUUCUUAAAGAAUUACACAGAUAUAUACAUAUAUAAUCGGUUUUUCUUUGUGUACGAUGAUGCACGAGGUUGACCGGGGUUCGUGGUCCUCCUAGGUGUCUCUUGUGGGGCCCAACUCCGGUGGGGACCAGCCAGUGGCCGCGACCGGGCGCUGA